UUCCCAGAGACCGAAUCCACGAGAUGAGCUACCCGUUUUAUUCCAUUUUAUCCUAUAUAAGGAAAGGAAUGCUACAGAGGAAUUUUAUUUCCCUUCGCCACUAAGAGACGAACCGAGCACCAGCCCCUUUUCCUCUCUUCCUCUCUCUCGCUUUCUCCCGGGGUAUAACAGCAUGCAGAGGCAAUCGCUCGGGGCGCCGGGGGCCAAGCUCCAAGUGAACGGGAACGGUGGCGGAGGAGAGAGGGAAGAGAGGCGGAAGAGCGCCGCCGGAGUCGCGGCGGCGGCGGUGGCGGUGGAGGAGGAUAUCAAGGUGGAGAAGCUGAUCCGAUCGAGCUCGAGGAUGGAGAGAUCCAUCCACCUCAUCCCGCUCCUCACCGUUCUCUGCUUGCUCCUCCUCUACCUCAUCUCCCACGAUCCCACCCCGAAAGAAUUGGAAAUACUCGGCGGUGACGCCCAUCUUCUGUUCCAGAACGCGGGAUCGGCGACGGAGAUCGGGCGAAAUAUCGGGACGGGCGGCAUAACGGCGAUUCGGAGCCAUCGGGGACUGAAGGAGGCGAGGAAAAUCCGGCACCGGAAGCUAGGGAAGUUGUUCUUGGAACAGCCCGGCGAUGGCCUCGCACGUGCAAGCGGCGGUCGGCCGGGGCUUCGCACGUGAAUGUCCCUGGCUUCGCUUUAUGGUGUAGGCGUCGGUUGGAUUGUUUGGUACUGGGUGGUGGAUUAAUUCAUUGUCCAUAUGAAUUUUUUGCUUUUAUUAUGAAAAAGAAAAAAAAUAUAUACCGCCUAGGAGGCGCGAAUUCCCC